UUUCUGCUGACCCGGUUAAAAGAGUUCUGUGGAGAGUUUCUGAAGAAGAAACUCAAUCUCUCCAACUGCGUUGCGGUUCACAGCUUAGCCCAUAUGUAUUCCCUGAAUCAGCUGGCCCUCAAAGCUCAGGAUAUGAUCAGGAGAAACUUCCACAAAGUUAUCCAAGAUGAGGAGUUCUACACUUUGCCCUUUCACCUCAUCAGAGACUGGCUCUCAGACUCGGAGAUCACAGUGCACUCUGAAGAAAUCCUCUUUGAGACUGUUUUGAAGUGGGUUCAGAAAAAUCCUGAGGAAAGAGAGAGAUACUUUGAAGAUCUCUUUAAACUGCUUAGACUGUCUCAGAUGAAACCCACUUACCUUACUCGCCACGUCAAAUCUGAAAGGCUGGUAUCGAGCAACGAAGCCUGUGUUAAGUUAGUGUCUGAAGCUGUGGAGAGUCAUGCCUUGCGGUCUGAGAACCUGCAGUCUGGUAAUCUACAACAUUCCGCUUGUCCUGUAGCGUUGUUGCCGCGUUUUGGACAAAACAUGGACGUCAUUAUGGUGAUUGGUGGUGUAUCGGAGGGAGGAGAUUACUUGAGUGAGUGCGUAGGGUAUUUCAUCGAUGAAGAUAGGUGGGUAAACUUACCACACAUACAUAAUCAUCUUGAUGGGCAUGCUGUUGCUGUGACAGAAUCUUAUGUUUAUGUGGCUGGCUCCAUGGAACCAGGGUUUGCCAAGACUGUAGAAAGGUACAAUCCAAACAGAAAUAUUUGGGAGCAAGUCUCAAAUCUAAUAACCAGAAAGCAUUCUUUUGGCCUUACUGAAGUUAAAGGAAACUUAUACAGUAUUGGUGGACAUGGCAAUUUCAGUCCUGGCUUUAAAGAUGUGGCCAUUUAUAAUCCCGAGCAAGACAAAUGGCUUAACCUGGAGUCAGCACCAAAGAUUCUUCGUGAUGUCAAAGCUGUUUCUGUAGAAGACCGGUUUGUUUAUGUUGCUGCUCGUACCCCAGUUGACAGUGACAGCGAAGAUGGAUUGAGGGCGGUUAUCAUCAGAUACGAUGCUGAAACAAGGCAGUGGCAGGAUGUGGAGUCUCUGCCACUCAUUGAUAAUUAUUGCUCUUUUCAGAUGUCUGUUGCUAACACAAACUUUUACCAUACAGCAUCGUGCUGCCCCAAGAGUUACCCUAUAGAUAAUGAGGAAGCCAAGAUAAAGAUCUCUGGCAGGGCCUCAGAUGAAAUACUUGAAAGCUUACCCCCAGAGGUUCUUAGCAUUGAAGGAGCAGCUAUUUGUUAUUAUAAAGAUGAUGUUUUCAUCAUUGGGGGGUGGAAGAACAGUGAUGAUAUUGACAAGCAAUACAGGAAAGAGGCCUAUCGUUACUGUGCUGAGAGAAAGCGCUGGAUGCUUUUGCCUCCUAUGCCUCAGCCUCGCUGCAGAGCAACAGCCUGCCAUGUGCGAAUUCCCUUCAGAUGCUUGCAGGGAACACAAAGGUACCCCAUGCCACAAAAUUUGAUGUGGCAAAAAGAUAGAAUAAGGCAAAUGCAGGAAAGGCAGAUGCAGGAAAUACACCGACACUCCCUAAGCUUACGGAGAAUGCCACGCUCGCAGAUUGAGUGCUAGUUUCUGGAAUAUCACUCCUGAUGAAUCUAGGAAAUACUGUGCUAAACCAUUUUGUUAGGCUUGAUAUGUCUUUGUAAGACAUGAGGGUGUUGAUUGGAUUUGAUGCAUAAAACCAGCAUCUUUUAUGUAUUGAAAAUUAAGAAGCUCAGAAAUUGAGGAUGGAUGGGAAUUGAGAAACUAUGUGAAUCCGACAGUAUUACUUUAA